AUGGAGACGAACCGUUCUUUUGUUCUACGCGCCGUCAAAGACGUUGUCCUCGAAGACCGCCCAGUUCCGGUGUUAAAGGGCCCUUGGGAUGUACGGGUCCACGUCGCCCAGACCGGUAUCUGUGGAAGCGAUGUACACUAUUGGCAGCGAGGACGUAUCGGAGACUUUAUACUGAGCUCUCCCAUCGUCCUCGGCCAUGAAAGUUCCGGCACUGUUGUCGAGGUUGGGUCUGCAGUGAAGAAUGUCAAGGUGGGCGAUCGAGUCGCCAUAGAACCGGGUGUGCCGUGUCGACGCUGCGACUACUGCCGUAGCGGCUCGUAUAAUCUCUGCCCCGACACCGUCUUCGCCGCAACUCCCCCUCAUGACGGCACCCUUUCCAAAUACUACAACACGCAGGCGGACUACUGCUAUCCGCUGCCCGCACACAUGAACAUGGAGGAAGGUGCUCUCGUGGAACCGGUAGCUGUCGCCGUGCAGAUCACCAAGGUGGGCAAAGUAAAGCCCAACCAGACGGUUGUGGUCUUUGGCUGCGGGCCCAUCGGACUACUCUGCCAGGCCGUGAGCAAGGCAUACUCGGCGAAGAAGGUGAUCGGUGUCGAUAUCAGUCAGUCACGGGCAGACUUUGCCCGCACAUUUGGCGCAGAUGAUGUGUUUGUGCCUCCCGUGAAGCCUGAGGGCAAAGAAGACACCGUGUGGAACGAGGAAGUGGCGCAUAUCAUGAGGGGGAAGUUCAAUCUGGGUGAAGGCCCCGAUGUUGUCCUGGAAGCGACUGGAGCCGAGGCAUGCAUCCAGACCGGAAUCCACUUGACCAAGAAGGGCGGCACCUAUGUGCAAGCCGGUAUGGGACGUGAGAACGUCGUCUUUCCCAUAACCACCGCUUGUAUCCGUGGCUUGCACAUUCGCGGUUCUAUCCGGUAUACCGUUGGCUGCUAUCCGACCGCUGUGGACCUGAUCGCCAGUGGAAAGAUCGAUGUCAAGCGGCUCAUCACGAACCGCUUCAAGUUUGAGGAGGCCGAGGAGGCAUUUGAGCUGGUGCGGCAAGGAAAGGAGAGCGUGAUCAAGGUGAUUAUUGAGGGCGUUUCGGUAUAG